CAUAAACUCGGAAACUGGUGUCUGUCGCUGUCCUUCGGAGAGAGAUUUUGCAGGAGUAAUUUCAGGAAUGGUAGGGUCAUGGAAAAACAGCUCUUUGGAUGUUGAGUAGAGGAGAAGUGGUGCAUCAUGGGUGAUUCCCUGACAAGACAGGGAGGAGAUGGAGGAAGAAGAGCAGGCUAUAGGUGAGGAGGGUUUGACUGAGGACUUAGCCUUCCCCUGUGAGGCCUCCUCCCUGCUCUCAGACUACUACAUCCCCAUCGCCAGGUUCCAGGAUGACAUCACCUGGCUCCGUUCACGGGAGAUCUGCCAGUCUCCCACACAUUCUUCCCUGACAACACCAACCACGGCCGUGCUAAACAAGGCCUCCUGGGAGACUGCUGGUUCCUCUGACUGAAGAACCAGCAUCUGAUGAAGAAUAAUAAUAAUAAUAAUAUGCCAUUUAGCAGACGCUUUUAUCCAAAGCGACUUACAAUCAUGCGUGCAUA